AUGAAGCGAGCCAAUGAUACCAUCCACCGUUUAUGGGAACUUCCUAUGAACCGGGGGCCGUGCCUCUUUGCUGAUCUUAGUACCAAUCUUUGUAGUUUAUUCUCUCGCAUGGCCUCCACUCGCCCCGUCUGGCCACAUGCUGAUCCAGAACACCGGCUCUUUUGGCCCUCCAACCAUAUUCUAAGAUUUGCCCUCUCUGGGACCCUCGUUAGUGUCUGA